AUGGAAGCCGAUUUUAUCAUAGUGAAAAGUCGUAAUGGUCAGUUGACACUUCACGAUAUGUACAGCACUGGAUAUGGACCGCCGCGAGAGGAUUCUGAGCAGAAUGUCUACACACCGACCGUUGUGGGAACGCAUGUGAACGGCAUGCUUCGAGCACAGUUCACAAGGAAGCGUGAUACGGGCGAUCGCAAGGCUGAUCACCGUUUCUCAGAUACCACUUGCUAUAAAUUCUUGUUCCCAGUAUCGGGUGGACGACUAGAUGCGGUAAGUGAAUUUCCAUCUGUAUUUUUAUUUUUUAACAAUAGUUGUGGGAAUAUUCGGUUUAAUUCCCGUUAUAUCGCCUUAUCUGCAGUUUGUUCGGAUAAGCUCGCAACUUCAGGAUAG